CUCUCUCUCUCUCUCUCUCUCUCUCUCUGUGUUUGUUUGUUGUUGCUGCUGCUGCUGCUGCUGUUUUUGUGUGAUUGAGAUUUUUACACUGAAGCCUAUUUGAACAUGUAACAUCGAGAAUAUUAUGCAAACACCAGAAUAUGGGGUUCAGUAAAAAAGUACACACCUUCAGGAGUCCGAUCCACACACCAGGAGUGAAUCCAUUCAAAGAUUCAACUCAGAUGUUGUACUUUCUAUGCAUUUAGGUCCCUCUUCUUUUUAGCAUUUCUUUGGGGGCCUGAAGCAACGCCUUUGGUUUGUUCGUGGUGAAGAAAAAGGUGGAACCAAUAUUCAAAUCCGGUUUAAAAUUGAAGCUCCACUUGGGGUGAAGAUGCCUGUUACUGCUCGACUAAUUCAGUUUCCUCCCAUCUCAUGGAACAACUCCAAUCGGAUUUUCGGAAAUCGUCCCCUUUUUGAUCAAUCAAUUUCCUUCCCUAUCAUAUCCUUGCCUCCAUCUUCCCCUCUCCACGCCGAAUCCUUCCUCCCCAACCUCCUCCAAAAAUUCCAUCUUCCCUGCGCUAGUAGUGGUGGCAAUGGCAGUGACGGUGCUGGAUGGGGAAAUGGCGGUGGCAGCAGCAGCGGAGGUGGUGACAGCAGUGAUGGGUGGAGCGGAGAUGAAGAUUCUGAUGAUACCUCCUCCUCCUCGUGGAUUGGACCGAUUGGGGCCUUUUUGAAUGGAUGGAGAUCAAGAGUUGCUGCAGAUCCCCAAUUCCCAUUCAAGGUUCUAAUGGAGGAAUUGGUUGGUGUAACCGCUUGUGUUCUUGGGGACAUGGCGUCUCGUCCUAAUUUCGGACUCAAUGAGCUUGAUUUCGUGUUUUCAACUCUAGUUGUCGGAUGCAUUCUCAAUUUUGUACUCAUGUAUCUAUUGGCACCCACCAUGUCUGUUUCCUCUUCCACCCUCCCUUCAAUUUUCGCCAGUUGCCCUACCAGCCACAUGUUUGAACCUGGACCCUACAGUCUUGUCAAUCGGUUGGGAACUUUUGUGUACAAAGGAACUCUAUUUGCUGCUGUGGGUUUCGCGGCAGGGCUGGUUGGGACUGCACUCUCAAAUGGACUGAUAAAGUUGAGAAAGAAGAUGGAUCCCGAAUUUGAGACACCAAAUAAGGCUCCACCUACGAUUUUGAAUGCAGGUACCUGGGCAAUUCACAUGGGUUUGAGCAGUAACUUGAGAUACCAAACUCUGAAUGGGGUGGAGUUUUUGCUAGCUAAUGCGCUUCCGCCGGUGGCAUUUAAGUCGUCGGUGGUGGUUCUGAGAUGCUUGAACAAUGUCCUAGGAGGAAUGUCGUUUGUGGUAUUGGCAAGAUUAACGGGUUCGCAAAGCGUGGGUGAAGAGAAGAAGGUGGUGGUUACAACAGAUGAAGAUGGAUCGGUUGAAAAGAAGGAGAAGUUGCUUAAUGAGAGCGAGGAUUCUUCAAGCAAUCAGUCGACUUGAAAGUAAUUUCAAACUCAAUCAAAUGGCUGUGCUGAGCUUCAUAAGUUUUAACCUUCUCGUCUCUCUCUGUUUUUUAAUCUAUCUAUGAAUAAACCACAUUAAGUGGGUUAUUGAACGAUAGUUAGUUGUUUUCUAUGUUGGAAUUAUCCUGCUAGCUUGUUUUGAAGAUGAUCAAUAGCUGAUGGUUAGCUUGGUUUGUUUUCUUCUUUUUUUCUCCUGGUAAUUUAAGUAUGGUUGUCAGUA